CAGUCGGCUCACUGGACAUCCGAGAGGGGGAACCGAGACUGGGAAGUCCAAGGCGUCUCCUCCGGCCCUCUCACCCCCGAGAGGAGGAAUUAAUUCUAAAGACUCGCGCUUCUCGUGGGCGACGCCACCGGCUAGUCACGGAGGCCUUCGGGGAACCUCAGGCGUCGUGGGAACAGCCGUGGGAACAGUCUUAGUUUCUACACCUGGAUAGCGAAGGGUAGCCGAACACCCAAGGGAAUACUGCUCCUCUCAAAUACUUUGGAUCCUCUUCCCUCGUGCGAAAGCUUCUUUUAUAUUUUUCUUCUCCCGCUGAAACGGGCUUCCCCGUGAAAUGCGUAAGCCGAACAAACCUUUCCUGUGAGCGCCCUCCAUUCGUACCCUUACAGACGGUGGAGGCGGGCAACGGCCUACCUGGUCUCUACGUUCUACUUGCCGGGAGCCAAAUGUAACAUUGUGAAGGCAGUUCUCCGUGGAGUUGACUGGUGACGGCAGCUGAGUGGGUGGAGGAGAGAGUUUGUUUACCCUCCCUUCUGGUCCUGCCGCUUCCCUCCUGCCCUGCCGCAAGAGAUUGACUCACUGUAUGAACAAGGGAAGCUGCAACUUAUCCCCCGGAGCAGGGUGUAUCUGAGCCAACAUCCCCUGGAAAGGUGGCAUGGUUGGGCCCUGGAAAUGGGAUGUCAAUCCUAUUCAGGGAGCAUAAAGCAAGUAAAAGAAUCUCCUAGCUGCUGCUGCGACGACAGUGAGUGAGCUCUAGACUUGGGAAAAUGUCAACAGUAACGUCUGCCAUCCAGGCUCCCCAAGGCCCCGUGAAUCCACCCCCGCCUGAAGUCACCAAUCCCAACAAACCCGGGAGGAAGACCAACCAGCUGCAGUACAUGCAAAAUGUCGUGGUGAAGACUUUGUGGAAGCACCAGUUUGCCUGGCCCUUCUAUCAACCUGUAGAUGCAAUUAAAUUGAAUUUACCAGAUUAUCAUAAAAUAAUUAAAAACCCAAUGGAUAUGGGAACUAUUAAGAAGCGACUGGAAAACAAUUAUUAUUGGAGUGCGAGCGAAUGUAUGCAAGAUUUCAACACAAUGUUUACAAAUUGUUAUAUUUAUAACAAGCCCACAGAUGAUAUAGUCCUGAUGGCCCAGGCCUUAGAGAAAAUCUUUCUUCAGAAAGUAGCCCAGAUGCCCCAAGAGGAAGUGGAAUUAUUACCACCAGCUCCUAAGGGCAAAGGGCGAAAGCCAGCAGCAGGAACGCAGAGUACAGGAACGCAGCAAGCGGCAGCCGUGUCCUCAGUAACCCCGCCGACUCCCUUUCAGAACGUCCCUCCCGCCGUGUCCCAGACGCCGGUGAUCGCCGCCACCCCUGUGCCAACCAUAACGGCAAAUGUCACGACUGUCCCGGCCCCUCCUGCCGCCGCUCCCCCUCCCCCCGCCACUCCCAUUAUACCGGUGGUUCCCCCGACCCCACCUGUCGUCAAGAAAAAGGGAGUGAAGCGAAAAGCAGACACCACCACGCCGACGACCUCGGCGAUCACUGCCAGCCGGAGCGAGUCGCCCACCCCCCUGACGGACCCCAAACAGGCCAAGGUGGUCGCCCGGAGAGAAAGCGGGGGCCGGCCCAUCAAGCCACCAAAGAAGGAUCUCGAGGAUGGGGAGGUGCCCCAGCAUGCGGGGAAGAAGGGCAAACUCUCCGAGCACCUCAAGUACUGUGACAGCAUCCUCAAAGAGAUGCUCUCCAAGAAGCACGCCGCCUACGCCUGGCCCUUCUACAAGCCCGUCGACGCGGAGGCUCUGGAACUCCAUGACUAUCACGACAUUAUCAAACACCCCAUGGAUCUCAGUACUGUUAAAAAGAAAAUGGACAGCCGGGAAUACCAGGACGCACAAGGUUUCGCAGCAGAUAUUCGGUUAAUGUUCUCUAAUUGUUACAAGUACAAUCCUCCGGACCAUGAGGUCGUGGCGAUGGCCAGGAAACUACAGGAUGUGUUCGAGAUGAGAUUUGCAAAAAUGCCCGACGAGCCUUUGGAGGCUCCGCCUCCCCCGCCGCCCGCAGCCCCCGUUGUCAGCAAAAGCACGGAGAGCAGCCACAGCAGCGAGGAGAGCUCAUCCGACUCGGACAGCUCAGAUUCGGAAGAAGAGCGAGCAACCCGGCUGGCCGAACUCCAGGAACAGCUGAAGGCAGUGCACGAGCAGCUGGCCGCUCUGUCGCAGGCCCCGGUCAACAAACCAAAGAAAAAAAAAGAGAAGAAGGAAAAGGAGAAGAAGAAGAAAGACAAGGAGAGAGAGAAAGAAAAGGAGAAGCACAAGGUGAAGGUGGAGGAAGAGAAAAAGGCGAAGGCGAUCCAGCCAGCCAAACCGGCCCCGCAGAAAAAAGCCCCAGCCAAGAAGGCCAACAGCACCACUCCAGCGAGCAGGGAAACUUUGGCAAUUCAGCGGGAGCAGUCAGGAGAAGCUGUUGGACUUUUAAAGGAGCCCCAUAGGCAGCCUAAGAAGGGGGGAAAGCAAGCGUCGGCCACUUACGACUCCGACGAGGAGGAGGAGGGUUUGCCGAUGACGUACGACGAGAAGCGACAGCUGAGCCUGGACAUCAACCGGCUGCCGGGGGAGAAACUGGGCCGGGUGGUGCAUAUCAUCCAGUCCCGGGAGCCCUCCCUCAGAGACUCCAAUCCGGACGAGAUAGAAAUUGAUUUUGAAACUCUGAAACCCACCACUUUGCGAGAACUGGAGAGAUACGUCAAGUCAUGUUUACAGAAAAAACAAAGAAAACCGUUUUCUGCAACUGGGAAAAAGCAAGCAGCAAAGUCUAAAGAAGAGUUAGCUCAGGAAAAGAAGAAAGAGUUAGAAAAGAGGCUUCAGGAUGUCAGUGGGCAGCUAAAUAACAACAAGAAACCUGCUAAAAAAGAAAAAUCCGGUUCUGCCCCUUCAGGAGGUCCAACCCGUCUCAGCAGCAGCAGUUCAUCGGAAUCUGGAAGCAGCAGUUCCAGCGGAUCCAGUUCUGACAGCAGUGACUCGGAAUAAAUUCUGGACACUUAAAAAAAAAAACCUACAAAAAAAGGACAUCACACACAAUACUCUGCAGUGUUCCCUUCUAUGGUUAAUAUACUCCUUUUUGUUCCAUGA